AUGGCCAACUUUCAACUCGAUUCGUGCAGCAUGGGUUUGAAACUAGUAUAUGAAAGAGGAUGUUUUCACAUUCCACGCCAAACACGAAAGUAUGUAUUUCUGACUAAAGGACCCCGUAGCGUUCCUUCUACGAAUCAACAAGUUUGUGAAUCUCAAUGUCAGCAAGAUUCAACGUGUACAGCCGGUGCUUUUCGUCCGGUUCAUAGCGACUGUCUCUUCUUCGAAUUUCCAAUCAUAGAGGCAAAGUUAUCGACCCUGGAUUUAUGUGAAGACAGCUGCAUCACUAACCCGAGAUGUCGCACUAUGGUUUUUGGUGACGCUGAUCGCACGUGUUACUUGUAUAAUGUCACAGCUACGGAACUCUCUGUGAUCCCCGGUAUUUCUUUUGGCACAGUCGCAGAAAGAUACCCAUGUUAUCCAAUUUAA